GGAGCAUGCCUACUACGCUCGAACAUAAACAAAGGCAGGACGUUGUUUCAAAUUGUCCUGUUGUUUUUGUAUGCGAACAAUACAGGAACGUUGUGUGUGUCUUAUUUCUGGAGCAAUGGAAGAAACAUUAUUGAUUCGAGCGAGCGUGUUUACCGACCAAGGAGGUAGAAAAUACAUGGAAGAUGUGACCGAGGUCAUAGUAGAGCCCGAGCCGGGAGAAGAGGAGCCGACGUCGGGCGAGCCGGAGGAGGGCAGUGGGGGAGACUGUACGGUCAGUUCUGUGGACCGGGAUACGCAUCCGGACUGGACCGGGGAAACCGUGGAGUCCCCAGACGUCUCGGGUACAUCACGCGAACCCGAACGAACGGAAGGCCUGAUUAUAUCGGAGGGAUCCCCUUUACCGGGAGGUCGGAACCCGAACACCGCGACUCGUUCCCGCCGUUCCGUGGCGUUCUUCGCGGUGUUUGACGGUCACGGGGGUCGCGAGGCUGCGCAGUUCGCACGAGAAUAUCUGUGGGAGUUCAUGAAGAAGCAGAGGGGCUUCUGGUCAGACUGUGACCGGGAGGUCUGCUCGGCUAUACGGAAAGGAUUUGUAGCCUGUCACCACGCUAUGUGGAAGAAGCUACCUGAAUGGCCAAAAACCCUCACGGGCCUUCCCAGUACAUCUGGCACCACAGCCAGCGUAGUUGUCCUCAGAGGAAACCGCAUGUACGUGGCCCACGUUGGGGACUCUGCAGUGGUUCUAGGGGUGCAGGAUGACCCCUCGGUCCCGUUCAUCAGAGCUGUGGAAGUCACGCAAGACCACAAACCUGAGCUGCCCAGAGAGAGGGAACGCAUCGAAGGGCUCGGAGGAAGCGUGAUCAAGAAGUCUGGAGUGAACCGGGUGGUCUGGAAGAGGCCGAGGCUCAGCCACAAUGGUCCAGUCCGUCGGAGCACCGUGAUCGACCAGAUACCGUUCUUGGCGGUUGCUCGGGCUCUAGGCGACCUGUGGAGCUACGACUUCUACAGCGGGGAGUUUGUGGUGUCUCCAGAGCCGGACACGAGUGUGCUGAUCCUCGACCCCAGAAAGCAUCGCUACAUCAUCCUGGCCAGUGACGGUCUGUGGAAUAUGGUGCCGCCUCAAGAGGCCAUCUCCAUGUGUCAGAACAAUGACGAGGAAAUGGCACCGUGUGGGGUAUCGAGUGCCAGGCAGCUGGUCAGCCAUGCCCUCCUGAGGUGGCGUCAGAGAAUGUUGCGUGCCGACAACACCAGCGCCAUUGUGAUCGCCCUGCAGGAGCCCGGGACCCCGCAGGACACCUUGCACCACGAGGAGGUGCUGCUGGACCUCGCCAAGGUGUCCCAGUGUCCACCCACCUCCCUAUCCCGUGCCAACACUCCUCUCCUUCAGCGUCCGCCGGAGGAAGACUCCCCCUCGGCCAUGUGCGACCUCCUCCCCGCCUUGGAGCGACGCGACGGGCUAUCGGGAAGCAGCAGCCUGUACCACAUGAGCCUGUGCGACCCGUUCGACCUGACCUCGCUCUGUUCAAACGGCAGCGCCGAGCAGCCCAGCCCGUCCGGUCCCGCCGACAGGACAGUUGGCGGCAGGGCGCACAACAGCAAAAGAACUAUAGACGGGUCGUCGUCGUCGUCGUCGCCGCCGCCGCCCGGUCAGGGCCAGUCGGCAAAGAGAGCCCGGCGCAGGACUGCCGACAGGCCGCCGCUGGUCCAGCAUAACGCGGAGAAGACUCAAAAGGACUCUAACAACGUCUCCCCGAUUCUGCAGCAGCAUAAUAAAACCACGGUGUGCGUGUGCUGAAACACACGCACACUCUCACACACGCACCUACCUGCUGCCUCCUACUGUCGUCUCCAGUGGUGUUUCUGUUCCUCGUGUCUGCAGCGCGUCGGCACAUUGUCACGACUCGAAGCGACCUUGCCGCAAAGGUUGCGGAAAGACUCGUGCUGACGCUCGGCACCGGUGCAGCCGUCACUCGAGAGCAGGUCUUUUCGGAUGGAUUUUCAUUUCGUGUCCUCCCUGAAUUGCUCAUUAACUGUGUCUUACAUCGCCUCUGUUUUUGCUAACAGUUGUAACAAGCAAGUGUGACUGAUGUCGCUGGUGUAAAUAUUAUACAUUUUAUAGAUGGUAUUGAGAAAGUAAGUCAAACUGUUGAUUUAAAACAGAUAUCUAUUUUUUUAUUCAUCCUUUGAGGUACAACGAUGAAAAAAAAAAUUCCUCUUUUAGAUUAGCGCCAACACAGCUUUCAUCUCCGACUCCUCACUCUGAAACACAUUACGUGCACACGCCCUGUGUUUUAAUCAUAUUUAUGUAUCGUUAUUCAGUUUAACAGUUUAUUUAAUCAUUGGAGAUGUGUCUUGAAUAUAAACUGAAGGUGCUGCUACAGUCACAAACCAGUAAGCUACUACAUUGUGUACAUAUAAAUAUAUGUAAUGUGUGUCGGUAACAUGUUUUCCUUUAGCAAGUAAACAUUAGACUUAACACAUCAACCCCCACACACACAAGGUUUCUAAUAAUGGAAGAUGUUUUUAAGUUCUUAAGGGAUAAUUGUACUUCUUGUUCUUUUUAAUGAAGCAUUAUUUCUGUUCAUACAUCAGUGAUUUUUUUUUUUUAAUUUUUUCCCAAGAAUGCCUUUCAACAGCCCUCUGCUUUUGCAGAUGUUGAUACUGUUUCUAAAAUGAUGACGAAUCACCUUCUGAGUUUGCUGAACAUCCAGGUGGCCUGAUAGCACAGACUUCCUUUGGUUCUGGGGGACUGACCAAAACAAAUCUGAAGUUUACAAUCAAUGUUUUUGGUUAUUUUACGCUGCCAUGCUUCCAUUUGGGCUGAACUGGAGGUUUCCAAGUUGUCAUGUUUCCAUCACAAAUAUGUUCCUGCCACCUAUUUUUUUUAAUUUUUUUUUUUUAUCCCAUUUGGAACAAGACAAUAACUGCUGCUUCUGUUCUGUUGAAUCCAAUUGAGAGGUUCCUUCUACAAGCCAUCGUCCCUCCAUGCUGCAGCUGCUGUUGUUUUGCUGUAUGCUCAAGGCUCAUUUGUGAGGAAAUCCACUUUGCAUGGACUUUCUAGGAGAAUAUUUUUGCACCUUAAAUGUCUUUGAGAAGGAAGAUGUUUUAUUUAAAAAAAAAACAACGCGUCUCGGGAUGAAUGACGUGAUUGGAGUUUGAUAUGAACUCACUGCACAUGUAAGGUGUCAAGUGACAAAUAAUGAAAUCUGCUAGAACCGAAUCUUUAAGCUGAGUGGAGUUUGCAGAACAAUGGCCGCGUUGCCUCCGGUUUUGUUACGAAGGUGUAUGAUUCAGACGAUGCAUUUUACCUGGAAAAGUAUGACCAUCACACGGAAAAGACAGAUGUCUCGGUCUUCGUAAUCCCCUUGUUACACGAUGAUGUAUUUUCCCUGAGUUAAGUGCAAUUUCUACAGGAAUUUGUAGCACUAUGAAUUGGUCCAAACAUAUUGUACAUUAACGAAAUGGUAAUGUUCCUGUUUGACAUGUUAUCUCUACAAAUACACUCUGUUACUGGCUUGUGAUCCAUGGGUUUGGAUUUUUAUAUAUGCUAUUUUUGAGAAUUCUCAUAAAUCUUUGUCUACUCCUUUACUCUGUUGAAUAGUCACAUCUGCUGUGCGAACAGCAAACGUGCAUGUGUACAGUAUAAAUGUGAAAAAUGCUUGUCUGGAAAUGAACUUAUUUAAAUAAAAUGCUCUGACAUGAA